ACUUGGCAAACUGCUACAUUUCAGUUCUGCCUUGCAGACUUGGAGGGUGAAAGCCACUUUUCUGUAUUCCUCCAGUGGCUUGCAAUGAUUAUUGUGUGAAGCCCCCAGGGAUGUCAGCCUUUUCAUGGGAGAACAUGCAGAAUUCUCCAGUGUGGUGAACAAUCUGUGCCUUUCACCCUUAACAGGCAUUGCCUGCUUGGUUAUUUUUACUGUGAAGUUCACUCAAAAUAGAUCUCAUCUGAGACCUAUAUGUGCCUCUGUGUGUGUGUGUGGGGGGGGUAUUUUCACAAAUCUUUACAGAGUGCUUCUCAGCCCCAAAUAGGCAGUGGGCAGACAGGCUGUGACCAGAGCACAGCCCUCCUGACCUUUCCACUUGUGACAAGGAAAUUGUUUGCCCUGCUCUGGUUCUGACGUCUUCCCAUCAUCUUCCCAUCGAGAGCAGUCGGCCUUAAGAAAGGAUUCUGGAGGUAUUUUGGGUUGAAGUGGCAAAAGAGAUGAUGUUACCUAGUUGGGUAAUGAAAUGUUUGCAAACAAACAACCAAGCUCAGAAAGCACCAAGAAGUCCAUAAUUCAACCCUGCAUUACAGAUGUUCUCGUCUAUUGGAACUGAAGUUGAGUAGUACAGAGCAAGAAAAUUGACUCAGGGAUCAAAGGAUGUUUGUAGUUAUCAUGUCAGUCCUAGCAAGGCCUUUAAAUUUCCACAUUUAAGGAUGUCAUGGAGAGGGCAUUUAUUCUCUCAGAUAGUUUUUUCUUUACUUCCAAAUAAAAAAAUUGUGCUGAGGACAGAGUACAGUUUGGCAUCAACUCUAACAAAAUCUAAAAAUCUGAUGUAAACAUCUGCUUGUAGCAAAUUUGGUCUGAUAAUUAAGAUUAAUCUUACGGUACAUUGCUUAAAGGGAAAUGAACAUACAGUAUUCCAACUGAAACUUGAUUUGCACGAAUUUUAGGGCAAGUUAACAUCUGGAUAUGAGUUACUAUCUAGUUUCUUAGUCAUUUAAUUUUCAUUUAAAUUUUUUAUCCUGCAAUUCUAAUAUAAUUUCCUGAUCGUAAUAGUACUUUCGUAUGAGAGAAUAACAUACUGAUAAAUGUUUAUCCACAACAUUAUUUAAAAUGGAGACAAGAACAUUACAUCACACAAGUGGACAGAGAACAAAAUUAUGCUGUCUCUGUACUUUAUAUUUGAUGAAGUAUUUGAUCUUGGAUUUAAUUUGAUUUUGGAAUUAGGAGGUUAUAUAAAGUUUGCUCAGUGUAUACAUUGAAAUCCUUAACUGUACUGUUAGUAAGCUUGUUUGCUUCAGAAAUGCCAUGACCCACAUUGUUAUUUGGAGUGCCGGAUGUUCCUUUUUGGAAGCUGCAGUAGGAAAACUCCUUUUUCCUACAUGAAACCAGUUAUAUGAUGGAAAUUAAUGAAGGGAGACAAAGAGAGGCUUAUACAUUCUCAAGCAUCUUCCUAAAAGGUGGCAGGAAAACCAGAGCAGAAUCAUCAACAGAGGGGGGGCAUUGUUUUAUCGCCUUGGGCUGCUUUUCCAUUAUCCCUCUUCAAUUUGGGGUAAAGUUUGGAAUUUUCUGUAAAUUAAACCCCAGAAGCAAAAAUCUGUAGCAGCUGCCUCUGCCCCAGUUUCCCCACAAUGCCAUCUAAUGGGCCAGUUGACACCAGCAGUCCUUCUGCGGACCGGGAGGCAGUCGAUGCUCACAAGGGAGAAGAAGAUCCUGAGGAGAAUCGGAACAAGGAGGAGAAGCCAGAUCCAGGAAUCCCUGUGAGGAAAGUGGGGCGACCUGGUAGAAAACGGAAACAGCCAGUGGUGGAGACCAGUGAAAUCCCCAAAGACACAGCUUCAGCACCCAAGUGCCCCCCACCUACCCACAACACCAGCCCUAUGGAGCAAGUGCCCAAUGGAGAUGCUGAGAUGGGCGCUUCUGAGAAUUGCACUAUCACCGAUCUGAAGGGCAGGCAGCGAAGUGAAAACGAACCCAGUGGCCCGCCAGAAGGAGAGAUGGGACGGGCCCUGGAAAACGGACGCUGCACCCCCAAGGACAGUCCCGAUCCACCUACUAGUGAAGGCAAAGAAGACAAGGAAGAAAACCACUACAACUCACUAAAAAUGGAGGGAUCUCGUGGCCGUCUGCGUGGAGGACUGGGUUGUGAGUCCAUCCUUCGCCCAAGGCCAGUUCAGCGUCUGACCUUUCAAGCUGGAGACCCCUACUACAUCAGCAAGAGGAAGCGGGAUGAGUGGCUGGCCAGGUGGAAGAGGGAGACUGAUAACCCAGCGGCAGCUCAGCUUGACAAGGCUGAAAAGAAAGCUAAGGUAAUUGCUGGAAUGAAUGCUGUGGAAGAAACACCACAGAGCGAGCCCCAGAAGGAGGAGGAAGCUAGCCCACCAGCCUCACAGCAGCCAACUGACCCUGCUUCUCCCAGUGUGGCUACUACCCCAGAGCCUGUGGGGCCUGAUGCUGUAGACAAGAGCAUAUCAAAGUCAGCUGAUGAUGAGCCGGAAUAUGAGGAUGGCCGGGGGUUUGGGAUCGGGGAGCUGGUGUGGGGAAAACUGCGUGGAUUCUCCUGGUGGCCAGGCCGCAUUGUUUCCUGGUGGAUGACUGGUAGGAGCCGGGCUGCUGAAGGUACCCGCUGGGUCAUGUGGUUCGGUGAUGGGAAGUUCUCUGUGGUCUGUGUGGAGAAACUCCUUCCACUCAGCUCCUUUGCUAGCGCCUUUCACCAGCCCACAUAUAACAAGCAGCCCAUGUAUCGAAAGGCCAUCUAUGAAGUACUGCAGGUGGCCAGCAGCAGAUCAGGCAAGAUUUUUCCAUCCUGUCCAGAGAACGAUGAAACAGACACAUCCAAAGUUGUGGAAAUCCAGAACAAACAGAUGAUUGAAUGGGCCUUAGGAGGGUUCCAGCCAUCUGGCCCAAAGGGAUUGGAGCCUCCUGAAGAGGAACGCAACCCCUACAAAGAAGUUUACAUGGACAUGUGGGGGGAACCAGAAGCUGCUGCCUAUGCCCCUCCUCCACCAGCCAAAAAACCAAGGAAAAGCACAGCUGAAAAGCCUAAGGUCAAGGAAAUCAUAGAUGAGCGCACUCGAGAACGUCUUGUUUAUGAGGUUCGACAGAAAUGCAGGAAUAUUGAAGAUAUCUGCAUUUCCUGCGGAAGCCUGAAUGUCACCCUGGAACACCCUCUCUUCAUUGGAGGAAUGUGCCAAAACUGCAAGAACUGCUUUUUGGAAUGCGCCUAUCAGUAUGAUGACGAUGGCUAUCAAUCAUAUUGCACCAUCUGCUGUGGUGGCCGUGAAGUCCUGAUGUGUGGGAACAACAACUGUUGCAGAUGCUUUUGUGUAGAAUGUGUGGACUUAUUGGUGGGUCCUGGGGCUGCUCAGGCAGCUAUCAAGGAGGAUCCCUGGAACUGCUACAUGUGUGGCCAAAAGGGCAUCUAUGGCCUGCUCCGGCGACGAGAAGACUGGCCCUCACGCCUUCAGAUGUUUUUUGCCAACAAUCAUGAUCAAGAGUUUGAUCCACCAAAGGUUUACCCUCCAGUCAAUGCUGAAAAAAGAAAGCCCAUUCGGGUGCUGUCACUUUUUGAUGGCAUUGCCACAGGACUCCUUGUGCUAAAGGAUUUGGGCAUCCAGGUGGAUCGAUACAUAGCAUCUGAGGUGUGUGAAGAUUCUAUCACAGUUGGGAUGGUCCGACAUCAGGGCAAGAUCAUGUAUGUUGGGGACGUCCGCAGUGUCACUCAGAAACAUAUUCAGGAAUGGGGCCCCUUUGACUUAGUGAUUGGAGGGAGCCCCUGCAAUGACCUCUCCAUUGUUAAUCCUGCCAGGAAAGGUCUUUAUGAGGGCACAGGGCGACUCUUCUUUGAAUUCUAUCGUCUCCUUCAUGAGGCCAGACCCAAGGAGGGAGAUGACCGACCUUUCUUCUGGCUGUUUGAAAAUGUGGUGGCCAUGGGCGUCAGUGACAAAAGGGACAUCUCUCGCUUCCUAGAGUCCAAUCCAGUGAUGAUCGAUGCCAAAGAAGUCUCUGCAGCCCACAGAGCCCGGUACUUCUGGGGAAACCUGCCUGGCAUGAACAGGCCUCUGGCUUCAACUGUGAAUGAUAAGUUGGAAUUGCAAGAGUGCCUGGAACAUGGCCGGAUAGCUAAGUUCAGCAAAGUACGAACCAUCACCACACGUUCCAACUCCAUCAAGCAAGGCAAGGACCAGCAUUUCCCUGUCUUUAUGAAUGAGAAGGAAGACAUCCUCUGGUGCACCGAGAUGGAGAGAGUCUUUGGCUUUCCGGUCCACUACACGGAUGUGUCCAACAUGAGCCGCCUGGCAAGGCAGAGACUGCUGGGUCGUUCUUGGAGCGUGCCAGUGAUCCGCCAUCUCUUCGCCCCCUUAAAGGAGUACUUUGCCUGUGUUUAAAGAGACGUAACCACAAAACUGGCAAAGCGGAGGAGGAGUCUCAAACACAACCACCCCCAGGAACAGAAGAGAAGUGGCACCAGAAUGGAGGAAAUGGCUGGUGGGUGAGAGGGUGGGAGAGGACAGCCCGCAUACAUAUGCAGCUCCCAUCACCCAAAUCUUCACCCAUCCUCUCCCUAAUUUGAAAUGCCCCAAUCAAACCAACCAAUCCCACUUUCUGUUGGUAAUCCUUUAAUUUCCUGCUCUUUCUGGAUGGGUUUGCCUCUUAGUUUGGUUUCUGCCGCUCCUCGGCUGAGCCCCCAGCAAUGCGGGCUGUCCACUGACGCACCGCAAAAGAGAAAAUUCCAGCCAAGCCCAAAGCUGAAAUGGGCCUUGGGGCUUUAUUGCCCAAGCUCAGUUUAGGAGCACAAAAUGAGGUGCAACGGGACCUCCUUGCGUCUAUCAGCGCCAUUACUGGGGCGAGCGCAAGCUGGGAAACUACCAGUCCUACCUGGUCCCCCCAAGCCACACACUAGAGUAUUUGGGUGCCUAUCACACAGGAGACCUUGAUACACCCUGCUCCUACAGCCGCUCUUACCUCUUGUUUACAGUUUAUAUAUAUGUGAGAGUUAUGUGAGAGAAAUAUCUAUAUAUAUAUAAAAGGUACUGUUACUACUGUACAACUGACUUUCAAAAUGGUGCUUCUACAACCACAGAGGGUGGGGCUGAAGGCAGCUUCCGUGGUGCUUCACAUGCUAGCCCGCAGGAAUGGUGGGGGGAGCUUUUCCAACUGAUUGCAGCCCCAUCUUAUAAGGGAGAGAAGGCUGACGGGCACCAUUCUCCGCCCCGGGUGGCAUGCAAUAAUACUUUUCUUCCUGAAAAGGCAAACCUCCCUCAGGCCAGGGGCUUGGGCCUUGCUAGAUGGGGCUCAUCUACCCCCUGCAGAGCUCCAGGCAGGGGCCCUAACGUUAGUGGUGCUUUAUUGAAAUUGGCGUCUGGGGUCCUCCUGGGCUCUCCCCGAAACCAACCUGGGCUGCCAGACCAGGCGGCAGAGAGCACCCAAGGACCAGCAGUGCUUGUUUUGGUCAUCUCUGAACUCACUGGCUGUAAGGUUCCUGAUCAGAUCUUUUGGUUCUGCUCCUUUUCUCCAAGUUUGCCCCUUAAAACAUAAAUUCAGCUGCAGAAUAAUUACGGGGAUAGGGAGGUAGAGAGAAAGAGAGAGGAGCCCCUGCCAUCCUGCGCUGCAGUAACCCUUCUGCCCCAUUCCUUUGUGAUUUUGUGUGUUUGGAGGUCAGCAUCUGCUGCCUUCUCCCCCUCCUUCCUUCUAUUUGUGGCUGACAUGGAUUAUUAUAGACUUCCUGUUUUGCUUGAUCAGACUCUGGCUGUGCUACCUUUCUCCUCCCCUCCCCCCCCACACACACAUGUUGAGGGUUCAGAGGGGCAAAAAUAAAGGUGGGCAGUUCUCUGUGAAGAGAGUUUCUCCAGGACCUGAUGAACUCUCGUGUGCAAGGUCUGGCUUAGGAGUCAAAUUUCCUGGAGUAUAUCUUGGUAAUUGUGUGCACUUUACUCUUUGGGGCAAGGGGAUAAAUGACCUUCACCAUGAGUCUGUGAUGCACAAUGUAUAAGGGAUGGCCACUGGGCUCUGGUCAAUCCUCAGUGCACGGACUUGAGGCUGCUUCUCCCUUCUGCUUGCAGAGACUGAUCCCAACAGGGUCCAAAGUUCUUGGUGCUAAUGAGGAUUUCUCUUCCCUACUCCUCCACAACCAGCUUUUGCCUCAGCAGCUUUUCCAUUUGUGCCUCCACAGGGGACAGCAUCUCCCCUCUGCUCCUGUCUUCCCUGUGUCCAUGGUGCUCUCGGAGGCAAUGGAGUAGAUGCUGAGGCAAAACUCAGGAGCAGGUGGGAAUGUUUGUGGAAGAUAGCAGUUCUCCCUCUGCCUUCUCAUUGAUACUCCCCAACGCAAUCUCUUGAGUGGUGAAACAGUUGCAGCAGACAAGGAAGGUCUCUGUUGAAGGCUGUUGGUCUUGGUGCUAAAAUUUGGGGGAGUUAGGGUGGCAGGUAGGUGCCUCUGCUCACUUUCCUUCAAACUGUGAAGGGUGCUGGGGUCUUGCUCAGGGCCGAAUGGGGAAGGGAGAACGGUGGUUACUUCGGAUGGGGCUGUCUGGUAAGAUACGCCCUCCCACCUGUUGCCUCCAUGAUAGGCAGUCUCCUUCACACUCCAUUCUUCCUCUGACCCCCUUGGUCAUUGGUUCAGUGACUGCCUGUCUCUGCUAAAUUCUUCAAUGGGAGGUUUUCCUUACAGGAUUUCCAAGCCUUUCUUCCCAACCCAUUUGCCACAAAGCUAGGGGGAGAGAUUCCCUCUGGGUUUCUUGUAGUCUAGUUUCACUGGUGCUAAAUGGGAAGUAUUUAUCGGAAGAGACUGUAGCUCAAUGAUGUACAUCUUUUCCACGUAGAAGAUCUUAAAAUUCAAACCCGGGCAUUUCCAAGUGGUGCUGGAAAAACUCCUGCCUGAAACCUUGUAGAGAUCCUCUCACUCAGGGUUGACAGUACUAGGUUAAGGGAUCUAUGGUAUAAUUCAGAAUAAAGCAGCUUCCUAUGAGUUUGUCCUUGGCUGAUUUCCAGCCAAAGUAAUCUGAGCCAAAGGGCUGGUUGAAGGAGAGGAGGUUCCAGGUAUCUCCCCAAAUGGUGGGAAGGGGUAUGGGUUUUUUUUCCAAUUGUAUGCUUCAGAGAAGAAUUUAUUUGGGGGGGCAAGGUAUACCUUUAGUAGUUACAUCCUUUUCUCCCCAAAGUCUUCCUUUCAGCAUAUUCGGUUUAGACACGGGGCUGGCCACAUAAUUCCUAAUGUCAGUUCCAGUAGCUGACAGCUUAGCUGGAUCCUCAGUGUAUUCCUGGCACUGCCAGUGGACUUUAGUAGUUCUGAACAGUCCAACCUCUCUUCAAGCAGGGCCACAUUUGUGCCCAUCCAGUUCUGUCCCCAAACUGGAAGUGGCCUCUUGGGAAGCCUUUAUUUGUGUUUGUCUUUCAAACUUUCCGGAUGUAUUUGCCUUGGGCCUGUUUCACUGUCCACCACAGAAUCCAGCUGUUUUCCCUAUGUGGUGGGGAGCAAGAGGGGAGACUGAGUUUACAAACUGAUGUGACUCAGAUCUUUUUAUAAAGAACCUUUUGUCAAGGUUGCACAGCCCUAGACUGAAAAGCAAAGCAACCAGACCCCCUGCCUCCAUUGCCUGAAUUCCUUUGGCAUUUGCAGAGGGACAAGGUAACAACCAAGGUGCUAAACAGUUUUAUUACAGAUCUCUAUUAACUUAAGUCUGCUGUCUGGACAAUGACUGUUUUGUUUUUCUUGUAGUGAAGUUUAAAAGAGCUCUAUUAUUUUACUCUUAUAUAUUAUUAUAAAAAAAAGGCAUUUUAACUUUGUACUUGAAACCUAAAGGAAAAGAUUUCAUGUGUUUUAGCUUAGACAUUGAAGUAGCUGAGACGCUUUACUGUUUGUGAAAAAAACAUGUAUUCAUGCUGAAGAAUAAACUGUGUUGAGAUCCUGGGAAGAGCUCAGCCCUGUUCCCUGCUCUCCAGCCGCCUCCCAUCUGACAUUCCAUGCAGCUCAACCCAGAUGUCCUUCCUUUCCUUUUUCAGUUCCAUUCUCCCAGCCCUUCCGUGUUUUUCUUUCAUUUUUUUGGGAUGAUUUUGGGAUGCCCCAUCCUUUCAGACGCUUUUUUUUUUUUAGGAUUGCUUCUAUAUUUAUUGACAAAUAAAUAAUGUACAUUUCAGAGUAUGGUUCUGCUUUGCCAGGGUUGGGGAGGCCCAUCUCCUCAUCCCUAUGGGCAGGCUGUUGUAUCUCUGUGUAAGUAUUGCUCGUGACAUAGCUGUUUUAUAAACUAAUUAAAAGGUCAAUGGUGCAGCAGAUGUUAGAAAGUCUGUCCGUUCCGCCUCCAUCCCAUCCUUUGCGUUUUUCUUUUGUGCUCAGAACACUCGAAUAAGGAAGGCUCCUUGCUGAUGUACUUGUGCUGGAGAACACUUGAAUAAAUGUUCUGUUUUGUGCAAAAAGAAAAGAAAAAGGA